AUGACAAAACUUGAAGGUGCAGGGCUUGGACCUGGUGGAACAGGUACUGGACCUGGCAGGUAUGGGCCUGGAGGGGUUGGACCAGGUGGGGCCGGCACAGGAAUAGGCUUUGGACCAGGUGGCGCUGGCACAGGAACAGGCUUUGGACCAGGUGGCGUUGGCACAGGAACAGGCUUUGGACCAGGUGGCGCUGGCACAGGAACAGGCUUUGGACCAGGUGGCGUUGGCACAGGAACAGGCUUUGGACCAGGUGGCGUUGGCACAGGAACAGGCUUUGGACCAGGUGGCACUGGCACAGGAACAGGUUUCGGACCAGGUGGUGCUGGCACAGGCACAGGCUUUGGACCAGGUGGUGCUGGUACAGGAACAGGGUUUGGACCAGGUGGCGCUGGCACAGGAACAGGUAGCUUUGGACCAGGUGGCGCCGGUACAGGAACAGGCUUUGGACCAGGUGGUGCUGGUACAGGAACAGGCUUUGGACCAGGUGGUGCAGGCACAGGAACAGGCUUUGGACCAGGUGGUGCUGGCACAGGAACAGGCUUUGGACCAGGGGGCCGAGGAUUAGGGAAAAGAAAACCUAAAUCUGGUUAUGGAGGAGCUGGAAUUGGAUCAGCAGGAGGAUUAGGAGGAGGCACAAGUCGUUUUGGCCCAGGAGGUGCCGGAACUGGUGGCUUUGGCCCAGGAGGUGCUGGAACUGGUGGCUUUGGCCCAGGAGGUGCUGGAACUGGUGGUUUUGGCCCAGGAGGUGCUGGAACUGGUGGCUUUGGCCCAGGAGGUGCUGGAACUGGUGGUUUUGGCCCAGGAGGUGCCGGAACUGGUGGCUUUGGCCCAGGAGGUGCCGGAACUGGUGGCUUUGGCCCAGGAGGUGCUGGAACUGGUGGUUAUGGCCCUGGAGGUGCUGGAACUGGGCCAGGAGGUUUUACACCUGGUGGUGCGGGUGGAUUUGGACCUGGUGGCCAAGCACUUGGGCAAAGGAAGCCUCCUAAAUCAGGUUACGGCUCGUCGUUGGGUGGAACUGGCUAUGGACCAGGUGGUGGAGUAGGAGGGGUCCCUGGUGCAGGAACAGGAGGUAUCCUUGGAGGCUCAGGUACUGCAGCAGGAGGAACAGGAGGGACAGGAGGUCUGGCAGGAACAGGUCAGGGAUUAGGAGGAGGUGCAGGUGGCUUGCCAGCAGGGGGUGUUGGCCCUGGCUAUGGUGGGGUGGCUGGUGGAAGCUAUCCAGCCAAGGCACAGAAGGCAGCCAAAUAUGCAGCCAUGCAGGCCUUACUAGGAGCUGGGGGCUACAGAGCUCCUCAGUCACCACAGCCAUUCAGUCCAGUAAACACCACCCCAGGAAGAGAACCAUCUCUUUCCUCAAGGCUGGAGAGAAGCUCCAUUCCCAACGACGGACAAGACCAUCCCGUCUGCUCACAGCCUGAGUGGCAGCUGAGACUGGAUCUUGGAAAACCACUCAAGUUCCCUGAUCACAUUGCGCCCACAAGACUCCACCCAGACUUGAUCAUUUCCUCAGAAUCCACCAUGCUGUCUGUGCCCUGGGAGGAGCACAUGGAGGAGGCUCAUGAGAGGAAGCUUGCCUAA